AUGAGCAACACUGACUUGAUAUCACCAACUCUACCGCUGGAAACAAUAAAAUUCCACAUCACAAACUUCAACUAUAGACUCUGGCACAGGCACGGGAUAAGAACAAUGUCACAACUAAUGCAAGGCUCCAAACUAAAACAAUUCACAGAACUCAGACAAGAGUUCACACUACCAACCACAGCCGCAUACUCCUUCAUGCAACUGCAGUCCUGGUUCGCCCAACAACCUAAACACAAACCCUCAAAGGCACCUAACCCAAUGUGGAAACAUGUGGAACAAAUCUGCAAAGCAACCAAACCAGCCAAUAAACUCAUAUCCACAAUCUACAUCUCAGAACACACCAAACCUCCAAAAACUCCACCUUCCUUCAUAUCAGCAUGGGAAAAAGACGCUUGA